CCGGCUUGACAAUUUUAACGCUGCGGCGUCUAGUUAGACCUAAAAACACACCUCGGCAAUGGUUUAUCCUAACAGAGACUACAAACAUGCCGAGUACGCCUCUUCGCCGAACCCGGGUUGCCUGCAAAGCGUGCAAUGCGAGGCGGGUCAAAUGCGAUGCGGGCGACGGACAGCCGUGCUGGCAUUGCCGCAUGCGCCAAACAAAGUGUGAAUUGAUCGAAUCCAAGAGGGGCAGGUAUGCUCGGAAAGGGCGUGAUGCUUCGAGAGACCAACGUGCCUCCGGACAGUCUCAACGAGCGAGGGAUAUAACUGGUAAUUGGGUACCUGGCCAAGGUUCGCGAGAUUCGCCUGCCGAGUUAACACGCAAUACUCUGCCCUCUUCGCCCAGUGAUGUCAGUCACUAUGGUCCUACACAAAGGCAUAGCAAUGGAAAGGCAGGCCGCGAUUCGCCUCGAGAUGAAGCCAACCACCUACACGCAGCCCAACAGCCUCCAGGUAUCCACAUACAAUCUGCUCUGCAUCAGGAACAUAUAGACGAGUCGUCCACUUUAUUUUACGUUGUAGAGCUGAGCUACAGGCCAGAAGGUGGUUCAACGGAACCUCUGCGAGUUCCUCACGCAAUACCCGCAUCAAUCGCAAAUCGGUGUGAAACCAACUACACUGAUGACAUCCCAGCAACGGUUACUUUACAAGAAGCUUUGACCCUGCCGGCCAGAGACGUACUUGAUCAACUGGUUCGUACCUUUUUUGAGAAAAUCCAUCCAGCUUAUCCUGUAUUUGACAGAGAGAGAUUCACGCAAUCGUAUUCUAUGGGUCGAGCGUCUCCGUUGGUCUUACAAACCAUCGCUCUUCUUGGUUUCACCAUGGGCAGUGAUGAAUUGGUCCGCGCAGCUGGUUUCAGUGACCGGUGCACGGCAAGGAAGACACAUUACCUCCGUGCAAAGGCGUUGUAUGAUGCCGACUACGAGAAUGAUCGCAUGAAUCUUGUGGCGGUGCUCUUACUACUUGGAUUCUGGUGGGCUAGUUAUGAUGAUCAGAAAGACACAUGCUACUGGGUUGGGUGUGCCACAACUCUUGCGCAGUCUCUGGGAAUGCAUCGCUCCAUGCCACACUCUGCGAUGAGUCCACGGAUGAAAUCCUUACGAAAGCGCAUUUGGUGGUCUAUUUAUACCCGAGAUAGGCAUACCUGUGCGGCCUUCGGCCGGCCUUGUCGAAUCAGAGACGAGGAUUGCGAUGUUGAGCCUCUGACGGAAGAAGAUUUUACCAUCGAUAUUGGCUUUGACCAAAGUCUUAUUCCAGUCCAAAGAGAAUACCAUGUCUCCUAUGUUCUCGAAAUGUCGAAGUUGGCAAUAAUACUUGGGGACAUUCUUAUAGGGGAGUUUAGCCCUCGUCGUCCUUCACUAGAGACGUUUGAUACAGAGCCUCUGGCGCAAAGACUUGACCGAUGGGAAACUGAGUUACCAAAACAACUUCGCAUUAGGGCAGCGGAUGAAUAUUUGGGAGGAUCUUUCUGGGCCGCCAUGCUACAGUUCUCCUAUCAGAAUUGUCUUAUACUUCUGUUCCGACCGAAGGCCAUCGAGAAUCUUUCGCAAGCAGAGACUGGACGGGAUAUACAAGCGCGAAGGGCUGCCGAUUUCAUUACUCGUCUUGCGGAGGAUCUACUAACCACCAAGACGCUUGAUUCUGGGCUCAUUCAUCUCGUCCCGGCAUUGUUUACUGCGCUAUCCGUUCACACUAUUGUGAUCUGCCGAAGCGACUCGAUCCACCGCCAACUGGCUGAAAACAAGUCGCGACAGUGCAUGUUAACAUUGAGUGUGAUAGCAAAAUCUUGGCCUGUUCGAAUUUGGAUAUCCAAGUCUUUCGUCAAUUUGAUAAAAAGAUUGACUGGACAAGGCUCUAGUCCAAGUGGAUCAAUUGUGAACGUAUCUUCAAGCAUUGUGACUCCUUCAUAUAGCAUAGUACAACCAAUGCGGAUGAGCGCAGGCCCUGAGAUUAUCGAGAAUCGUCACCCCCCAGGCAAUGUCGGGCCAAGUUCAUGUUGCACGUGCAACGCCGGUCCGCAGCCAGGAGUUCAUCAUGCGCUGGACUGUUUGUGGAAGGCGCCGGAUCAAUUUGUACAUGAUUCAUUGUGGACUGAGUAUCUCGACAAUAUCUUUCGUGGUGAUCUUUUAUUGCACGAUGUUGCAGGUCCCAUGCAAUAUGUGCCCCUUGAUGGAACCAAUCCGACAGGUGAAUCAACUAUUGUCAAUAUAUAACAGUCUUCGAGUCUUGGAAUAAGAUCUACUGGCUUUAUUCAAGCUAUUCUUGUCUACCAGACCGCAGUUGUACAUCAACCGUCCAGAUAGAUACCCCAAUAUGCAAUCG